UGCUGAUGUGUGCUUCCAUGCAUGUCAACAAAUCUCAACGCACCUCAACGCAUACAACCCAAAACAGUAUCCGGCACGGAUUAAGAGCCAAAAUAAGGCCUCCAAGGAUAUCUUCCUUGAACCAGGCCAAUCUCUCAGACUCUUGGAAUGACUUGUCCAUAGCCAUCACCGAAAUCCAGAACAAGAAUGCCUCAAAUUUGUCUUUUGGAGAGCUUUACACCAAGGCCUACAACAUGGUGUUAAGAAAGCAUGGUGAAAAGUUGUACAACAAUGUCAAGAACCAAAUCAAGAAUUACUUGCUCAAUGUUUAUAAAGAUAUUGUCAAGAGCUUUGACUACCAGCCCAUUGUUAUAUAUCCCUUGUUUGAAUCCUCUAUAAAGACUGGGGGCGACAAUAUCGAUACGGAAGCUGAUUUUAAUGAUAGCAAUGAUCCCAAUGAUACGCUUAUUAAUAUUUCUACUGAUGAACCAAUUGUGCUUAAAGAAAACAUUGAUAGAAAUAUUAGAUUUCUUGAAAAAAUUGUGACAAUUUGGGAAGAUCACAUCUUUUCAAUGAAAAUGAUCUCCGAUGUUCUCAUGUAUCUUGAUCGAGUUUAUGCAAAGGAAAAUUCAUUGCCAUCAGUCUACGACUUUGGGAUUUCAUUAUUCAAUGACUUUGUCAUCACAUAUAACAAUAAUAAAAUUGGUGAAAUGUUGAAUCAAAUAGUUAUUGAUCAAUUUUAUUUGACUCGAAAAAAUUUAACGACCAAUAGUGAGAACAACCUAAUUAAAUCGGCGAUGAAAAUGUUUGAAUCAUUACAAGAGGACUACCUAACUAGAAAUAAAUUAAGAAAUAGUAGGUUAAAGGCAAAGGAAGGUUCAACCACUGCGGUGAAUUAUUACUUGAGAUAUUUUGAGCCAUUUUUUUUGAAAAAAUCAUCGGAUUAUUAUGAAGUUUUUGCUAAAAAAUUACUAUCAUUUCAUGAUGGUUCAAUUUAUAUAGAAUCUAUCUCUUCAUUGAUAAAUGAAGAAGAAAACAGAUUUUUAUUAAUUGUGCCAGAUGAAACAUAUCCUAAAUUAGUCCAAUUAAUGGACAAUAUAUUAAUUAAUAAUAAUUUCAACCAAAUAUUGGAUUUUGAGGGAAAUUCAUUAAAUUAUUGGUUAUAUAAUUUAGAUUUUAAAAAGUUGAAAUUAACUUAUAAAUUAGCUAAAAGAAUUGAUAGUGAAUUUAAAUUAUUGAGAGAAAAAUUAAGAAAUUAUAUUUUUUUAAAUGGGCAAAAAUUAGAAGUUAAAGUUAAACUUUUUAUUCAAAAUAUUAAUAAUAAUAAUAAUAAUAAUAAUAAUAAUAAUAAUGGUGAUAAUAAAAACAACAACAGUCACAAUAACAAUAAAUCAAAUAGAUUGAAUGUUAAAAAAAGAACAUUAAAAGAAACGCAAACUUUGUUUGCCAACGAAUGGAUUAAAUUGAUAUUAAAAUUCCGUGAAAAAUUAAAAACUUCAUUAAAAACCUGUUUUGAAAAUAAUAACAAUUUUUCUGCUACAAUUGAAAAUGCAUUUUCUGAAUUUAUUAAUUUAAAUCCAAAAGUUUCCGAAUGUUUAGCGAUUUACAUGGAUGAUUAUAUUAAAAAAUCUUUAAAACAAUCAACCUCGAUUUCUAGUAAAGUUAGUAAUAAUAUUAGUAAUGGUAUCAAUAAUAGUGCCAUUGCUAAUGGUAAUACUGCUAUCAGCACUAUCAACAGUUCCAGUAAUAAUAAACUAGGCUCAAUGAAUGAUGAUAUUAAAACAUGGAUUGAAGGAUCAGUUAUAUUAUUAAAAUUUAUCAAUGAUAAGGAUUUAUUCGAAAAAUAUUAUAAAAAUUACUUGGGUAAACGAUUAUUAACAAGUAGAAACAGUUUUAAUUCUGUGGUUGGAAAUAUUGAUAAUAAUAUUGAAAGCUUUGCGAUAAUCAAAAUUAAAGAAGAAACUGGGACAUCAUUUACUAGCAAACUAGAAGGAAUGUUUAGAGAUAUAAAAAAAAGUAAAGAAUUAAAUGAUGAAUUUAAUAGUAAUAUAGGCAAGGAUAGCUUGGAGUUGGAGGUUAAUAUAUUAACUUCAACAUUUUGGCCCCAAACCAAUAGUAGAGAAAUUGAUAGCAAAAUCAUAUACCCUGAGUUUCUCAAGUCUAAACAAGAGGAGUAUAAUGAAUUUUAUUAUAAGAAAUAUUCUGGCAGAUUUUUAAAUUUUACGUCUAACUUUGGCACAAUGGAUAUUCGAAUUCAAUUUAACAAGAAAAGACAUGAGAUCAUUAUUCCUAUUUAUGGUGGAUUAAUCUUAUUGUUGUGGUCGGAUUUAGAUCAAAGAAACUUGAAGUUUACAAUGAAGGAAAUUGAAGAAAAGACAAUGAUACCAAGAAACGAUUUGAUCAGACAUUUGCAGAGCAUAAGUGUGGCUCCAAGAACAAGGCUAUUAAAAAAGGAACCAAUGUCAAAGGGUAUAAAUGAAACUGAUCUCUUUUCAUUUAAUGAGAGUUUUGAGGCACCCACCUUUAAAGUGAAAGUUCUAACCAUUUCCAUGAUAUCGAGUGCAGCAACUAAUGCUAAGGCCAACCAAGCUGCAAACAAGAAGGAAGAUCAAGCAGGUGGAAAGAACAGGAAUGUUGAGAUGGAUGUUGAGAUUGAGGACAAAAAGAGGGAGGACCAACAGAUCAUGAGGGAUGUGUUGCUUGACAGGAAAUACGAAAUCGAUGCUGCCAUUGUCAGAAUAAUGAAAGCAAGAAAGAGACUUGAGCAUAACGAGUUGAUGAGCGAGUUAAUCAAGCUCUUGAUUGGCAGAUUCAAACCCUCGCCCCAAUCGAUCAAACAAAGAAUCGAGAGUCUUUUGGAAAAAGAUUACUUGAAGAGAGACGAGCAGAACAUCAAUCUAUAUGAGUAUGUAGCCUGAACGUGUUGUGUUGUGCUGCUUGUGCUGCUUGUGCGGUUUUGACCCAGCGCGGGGGGUCUUUCAAACACAACGCACGCUGAGCGCGUCAUGAUGCACGUACCAUUCCCACAGAACCGCCGUUUUUUUCCUACCACGCCGGCG